UGGCACUUCAAUUAGUAACCAACCUAUAUGAACACAGAAAUAUAAUGAGAGAACUAUGUGCAAUGUAAGUAAUCAGCUUUUAAGCACGCCCUCAAUUGUGGGUGAUCGUGCCGGUAACAAAAGGCUAUAUAAGGAACAACACUUCAAAACAAGCUAACAGAGGAGGAGAGUUAGUGAAAGAAAAUGGAUGGAAGAAAAAAAAUUACUAAUAGUGGCGAUUCACGAGGCCAAAAUACAAUCAAGGACGAACUAGGGUGUUCAUCUUGUAAUAUCAACAUAAAUAAGGACAUGAAGAUGACUUCACCGAUAGUUACACCACUCGACAAAAUGGAGUACAUAGAGCCUACUGCAAGCGGUAACAUUGUAAUACCUCAUGGGCGCGAGGUGUAUCUGCGCUGUGCCGAAAAGUUUGCCAAACCAUUCGACGGACAAACACUGAAGGCGAAAUGUGUCGGCGACAAAAAUUUUAUUAUAGACGGCAAAGUGGUGAAAUACGAAAAUAUCAAAUGCAACAGCAUGCAAAGACCAUUCCCAAUGCGCACAGGAAUGCUCUGUAGCGGUGGUACUGAAUUGCUGAAGGUCGCCCAUCAAUUUCCUGAUGGAGUUUUGCCCACAAUUAAUGUAUGUUUCGACGAAAAUUACCAAAAAACUUCUUAUGCCGAGCAUACUAUUUACCCUGGAACCAAGAACUGUAAACAUAAUGUACCACGCGAAAAUUACAUUACUGGAGAAUUCUUUCGUGGCGUAAACGUUGAUGAGUGUUAUAUAUAUAUAUAUUUGAGUACUUGCAACGUGGACAUUUGGUCGACCAAAGUCGACCAAAUAUAUUGGGAUCAACAAAUAGGCACCUGCCAUUUCGUGAAUGUGGCGCCACAAUGGAAUUCAUUUAAGCAUGGGAACUGGUUCCUUCUUGCGAAUUGUAUACGCGAGUUUGCGAACAACUAUGAAACGACACUGCUUUGCUGGACCGGUGUCUGUGGCAUAUGCACUUUGCCAGACAUUAAUGGUGUACAACGAGAAUUAUAUCUAAACCUUGAUGAGCAAAACAAUCGUACGAUACCAGUGCCGAAACUUUUCUUUCGUAUUCUUAUCGAUUCAAAGUCGCGUGAAGGAAUCGUAAUUGUUGGUGUUAAUAAUCCUUAUUUAACAAUUGAAAAAGUGAGGACCGGUGGGUAUGUUGUCGCAAAAGAUAUAUCGAACGACAUUAAUUGUAUAAACUGGGACAAAGCAAAUAUUGAAAAAGGUUACUGUUAUGCCUGUUCAGUGCCUGACUUCAUAGCGGUUGUGAAAGAUUUGUCAUUGGAAAAACUAGAGACUACAGGAGUUUUGAACUUGAAGAAAUGAAGAGAUGAAGAGCUAAUAACUAAUAAUAAUAAUUCUUUCUUUGAAUCAUUACUCUUUUAUAUUUUUAAUGCUUUUGUAACCCAAACAUUUAUAAAUAAAUAUCAAUUUUAUAUUACACUUUGUAAUGGAGGGGAACAAGCUCACUAUUUUUUUUAAUAAAUUUAGAAAAAUGUGAAAACCGAUGACGAACCAAAGAGGAAUGUUGCACCGGACAUAAAAAAUGUCAAUGUUGGAAUAUAUCAAGGACUCAGAUAUCGAAUAUGACCUUAACGCCAAGGGCUAAUUAUUUUAGUUAUUUUAGUUAAAGGUUACCCUUUUCUUAUAAUAAUAUGCGGUCUAAUCUUGUGUUAUCUUUUCUUUAAAAUUCCGUCGAAACCGGAUUUAAGCAUACACCCUCCCCUAACCCUUCGUUAAACUGGUUAACCUCGCUCUUGUGGCUCCAUCCCUCUGACUGGCUGUAUAUAACACAUAUUUGUUUCAAAGUAAUCGUCAUAUUUUUAACUGAUAAUGUUGUGAUUAUUAUGAUGGCUAUCGGUAUUGGUAUAUACAGUGCUAGCAUGAAGAAUAUAUUGAUUUGUAUUCCUCAGCUUUAUUUUGCUAUAUCUGUUAUCGUUCGAUUAAGACAACUAUAUUAAUUUUUUUUUAUAAUUUCGCAACGUGUUGUAACA